AAUUCUUUUGGUUUCUGUUAAAACUUAAAAGCCACUAAGAAUUAGGUUUACAAGACUUUCUGCAUCUGAUUUCUCCUUAUCUCCCUCGCUCCAGAUCCCGCUUCUUUAAUCGGAAUCCGAUCUUCCGGCCAACGCCGGAGAAUAGCUGUUGCGGUUUCCCCAUAUUUACGCCUGAGUUUCUCCUAACGAGAAAGCAAGUGCAAUAUAUAAUCGGGAUCCUCCGAUUUCUUGUAUCCCGGUGCUUUUAGCGCGUACUAGAAUCAGUUUGCAUUAUUUCCCCAAAAAUCCACCGCCAUGGCGACUGCAUCAGUGGCAUUCAAAUCAAGGGAGGAUCAUAGGAAGCAGAUGGAAUUGGAGGAAGCACGGAAAGCUGGGCUUGCACCAGCUGAGGUGGAUGAGGAUGGAAAGGAGAUAAAUCCACAUAUUCCUCAGUAUAUGUCAUCAGCUCCGUGGUAUCUGAAUGCUGAGAGACCCAGUUUGAAACAUCAAAGGAAAUGGAAGUCAGAUCCGAAUUACACAAAAUCGUGGUAUGAUAGAGGUGCGAAGAUAUUUCAGGCAGAUAAAUACAGGAAGGGAGCAUGUGAGAACUGUGGUGCAAUGACACAUAAUGCAAAGUCAUGCAUGGAGAGGCCUCGCAAGAAAGGAGCAAAAUGGACCAGCAUGCACAUAGCACCUGAUGAAAAGAUAGAGACGUUUGAGCUGGAUUAUGAUGGGAAGCGAGACAGAUGGAAUGGUUAUGAUGCAGCUACUUAUGCCCGUGUUAUUGAGAGAUAUGAGGCAAGGGAUGAGGCUAGAAAGAAAUAUCUGAAAGAGCAGCAACUGAAAAAAUUGGAAGAGAAGAAUAGUAAGAAUAAUGGGGAGGAAGAGGUUAGUGAUCAAGAUGAUGAUGAAGAUGAUGAUGAAGAUGAUGAUGAAGAUGAAUUGAAGGUUGAUGAAGCCAAGGUGGAUGAGAGCAAGCAGAUGGACUUUGCUAAGGUUGAGAAGCGUGUCCGCACUACAGGUGGUGGAAGCACUGGAACUGUUAGGAACUUGCGUAUUCGGGAAGAUACAGCAAAAUAUCUUCUGAAUCUUGAUGUCAAUUCGUCAUAUUAUGAUCCCAAAACUCGGUCCAUGCGUGAAGAUCCCCUUCCAGAUGCCGAUCCUAAUGAGAAGUUCUAUGAAGGUGAUAAUCAAUAUAGAAUGAGUGGCCAAGCUUUGGAGUUCAAGCAACUCAAUAUUCAUGCCUGGGAAGCAUUUGACAAAGGGCAAGAUAUCCACAUGCAAGCUGCUCCAUCUCAGGCUGAAUUGCUGUUUAAGAACUAUAAGGUCAUUAAGGAGAAACUGAAAUCAAAGACAAAAGACACCAUUAUGGAGAAGUAUGGCAAUGCAGCUACUGAUGAAGAGCUUCCAAUGGAGCUUUUGUUGGGACAGAGUGAGAGGCAAGUGGAAUAUGAUCGUGCUGGCAGACUAAUAAAGGGAAUGGAAACAUCUCUCCCCAAAAGCAAGUAUGAAGAAGAUGUUUUCAUCAAUAACCACACAUGUGUUUGGGGUUCAUGGUGGAAGGAUCACCAAUGGGGCUACAAAUGCUGUAAGCAAACAAUUCGGAAUAGUUACUGUACUGGUGCUGCAGGAAUUGAGGCUGCUGAAGCUGCAACAGACUUAAUGAAAGCUAACAUUGCACGUAAAGCAGCCUCAGAAGAUACACCUGCGCCUGCAGAAGAGAAAAGGCUUGCCACUUGGGGAACAGAGGUGCCAGAUGACCUUGUUCUUGAUCAGAAAUUACUUGAUGAAGCACUUAAGAAGGAGGAUGAGAAGAGGAAGGAAGAAAAGGAUGAAAGGAAGCGCAAGUACAAUGUUAGAUGGAAUGAUGAGGUUACUGCUGAGGAGAUGGAGGCAUAUCGAAUGAAGAAAGUACAUUUUGAUGACCCCAUGAAAGAUUUCCUGAACUGAGCUAGAAGGUGAAGAAGUUUGAACUUUGUAGUUUGAUAAUUGUUGCUGUAUUUUUUUUUUUCUUUUAUGUAGAUAAGUGUUGGGCAGGUAACUAAAACAGUCAUUUUGUUGGAUAUGUACUAAUUGCAAUAUGUUUGCACUUCACAUUAAUGAAAAUCCUUUGUUUCC